UCCCUGGCAGCCUAGACAACCCGACCUAUCCUCUUCCUCCUCUCUUCGAGCAAACGCACCUAGGCGCAGCCAUGAACCGUGUCCGCCACCUCGAAUCCCAUCACAUCAACCGUUUCUUGCAAAGCAAACACCGAAAAGUUAAUUCCCGUCUCUUCAUGAACCGAUUCAGGCCACCAACAGUCUGUAUCCCCUCUACAAUCAAUCCCCAUGCAACUGACGAGCCGCGAAUGCCAGCCGUCGGCAUCCAACUCUCGAUCUUUCUCCGUGGCCUAUAAAACAAAUUUAUGAUCGUGUCAUCUCGAGCCCCUUCCCAUUCUUUCUCAAACCCCUCUCCUCACUUGCCCUCGUGCUACAGAAGGUGACAGCAGCCGUGUGCCGACCAUCGGUGUCAGAUGGCGUGCGGCCCUCCCCCAUAGGAACCACCAAGCUACGUACAAACAUGCCGAAGGGCAUCAUGGGUGGCAGGAAGAACGCCACGGAUACGCCGAUGGUGCUCAACAUGUACAGCCGGAUUCGUCUGCUCCGCUACGUCUCGAAGACGCUCAAGAUCACCACGACCGUGAAGGUUCCUCUGCUAUGCCUCAUGUCUUGGUGGGCAACGAUGUUGCCGGUGCUGAGGCCGAGCAUGAUGAUAUGAUGAAGUUCAAUGAUAGGAAGCCAACCUCGAAGAUUGAAUGAAAUCAACUCUAAGCUACCAUUACUUGAUCUAACUCCAGAAGAAAAAUAUAGCUACUAUAUUAUUCAGGAGGCUAAGAAAAGAGGAAUCUAUUAUGAAGAACUAGAAAAAUCCAGAGUAUAUGAUGAUGAAUUUGAUGAACCGGAAGAAUGCGAUGAUAGGGUAAAUGGAGAUGAUAGUGAAGGACAUUCUAGUUAUGGACAUGAGAAUGAAGCAACAGAAAGUGAUGAAUCAUAUGAAAGCGACCCAGAUGUUGGUCAAAUGGACAUGGAUGAAAUUCAGCCAAUGCCCUCCUUGACUACCAAAACAAACAAGAAGAAAGGAAGAGGACCUACCGAGCUUAAGAGAUUGUGGAGAGAAUAUGACCCAAAUAACAAGAUUAAUUUGCAAUUUAACCACCUUGGUCAACCAUGUGGGUUAAAGACAUGUAAGUUAACCAAUUUCAUUGGAAGCUUAGUGAAAGGAAAGGAAAUAUCGCUGGCACAUAUAAACUGGAGCAAGGUCCCAAAAUCAGAGAAAGAUAAAUUGUGGUCUACUGCUAAGGCAUUCUUCAACAUUGAUGAUUCUUUCAAGCCCUGGGUCCUGAGAUCGGCAAGCAAAAAAUGGAAAGAUUUUAAGGCGGUCUUUAAAAGCAAAUAUUACAAGUCAGAGUUGUCUACUAGACAAAGCAUUGCAAAUGCUACCCAUUUGGAUGGUGAUCAACAUAGAAUCCCUACUAGACAAUGGGCAUGGUUGGUCAGAUAUUGGAAAACAGACAAGGCAAAGGUUAUGUCUCAGAAGAAUAAAUCUACAAGGGAAUCACAACAAAAUGGUACCCAUUCGACUGGUUCAAGAAGCUUUGCCGUUGUUCAUAAUCAGAUGGAGAUAAAUGAAGGUAGAAGAGUUGGGCGUGCUGAGCUGUAUUGUGUAACACAUACCAACAAAAAGGGAAAGCCGGUUGAUGAUUACAGUGCUAGCAAAAUUGACGAAAUACAAAAUAGAUUGAAGGCCAAUCCUUCACUCAUUGGUGAGGAAGCCCAUGAAGGUGACCUCUACUCGUCGAUCUUCCCAAGAACAUCAAGGACGCAUGGCCUUGGGCUGAUUGUUGGCGGAAAGGGAAAACUCUUGGAUCAAGUUGUUGCUGCCCUACAAGAAUCUAAAGAAGAGAAUAGAGAGCUUAGGCGUGUGGUUGAUAAUCUGCAGGCUAAGAGUGAAAGAAUGGAAGAACAGUGCAAUGAAAUGAGAGCCUUUUUCCUAACUUUUCAGGAGCAGGGGCACCAACCAGGCCAACAAGAAGGAACAAAUCUUGAACAUGUGAGCAAAGUUAAAGAUGUCUCGGAGAAGAAUUUGUCAUCCCAACAGCAACCUGGCAAUCAAAACACUUCACAUGAGCCUGUCGCAAAGAAACAACAAGCAAUGGCUAAAGAUUUGCCAACUACAAAUCAAGUCUUUGAUUCCCACAUUCUAAAUGGAGAAGUCACAGCUUCAAAAAUGAAAAGAUCAUAUAAGCAGAUACAAUCAGAGGCUGAGAUAAUUAAAUGUGGAAUGGAGGUUGGGUUGACAUCACCUAAUAGUGCACAAGUGGUAGCGCUUGGAACAAUUUAAAAUGUUGACGAGAAAGCUAAUUGUAUGGAUGGUAAGCCACUAUGUGAUUAUGUGAGGUGCUUGUCAACAUAGUAAUGAAAACCACAACAGUGUUGCCACGUGCCCAAGGGAGGAUCUGCAAUAUGGGAAGUGCUCAAGCACAUUGCAUUCCAUGGCCUAAGAAAAAUGUGAGAUUUCUGCAAAUAUUCUUCUUUGAAUACUACUGCAUACACCAUAUGUCCAACAUGGUUUCUUAACUACUAUUCUGAAUAAACAUUGCAGCUCGUACAUGCAGAUGGUACGCAGCUGCAUUCUAAGGUCCGGCACAUGCACAUAACACUCCUUUAAGUCAUCAAUCUAUUGCUGCCGCUGUUGUAAUGUGUGAAUUGAAACAACACAUUCUGGUCAUGCCCAUAUUGUAGGCUUCAGAUCUUGCUAGUGAGAUGUCUGCCAACCAUACAAGGAAAGUGGCCACAAACCAGGCAAAUUUUUUUUGACCGAAAACUAUAGGAGAGGCUCCGACAGUAUGUGUGUGUGUGUGUGUGUGUGUGUGUGUGUGUGUAAAACAACAACAAACAAACGAGCAGGUUACAGGGGGAGAGACCAAAGAACACCAAGGAGAGGAAGGAAGAGAGGAAACCUAUUUAGGGGACAGAGGCGAGGGAGACAAGCCAAACCCUUAGGACCUCUUUGGCCCCAGCGUUAAACCUACAACUCUGAGAGUUGAGAGAGAUACGGAGUUUGGCCAACCAAGACUCAAUAGAGGGAGUACAAUUGUUGAAGAUCUUAUCAUUCCUAAUUUUCCAAAUUUCCCAGGCAGCCGAGAGGAACACCUCCCGGUAUAACGGAACGGGAAUGCAAGCCCUGAAACCAGGCAAAUUCAGAAGCUGAGAUGACUACAAAUGCUACACAGCCACAACCACAACUUCCACAAACUACCAUUGAAAGGGUUGAAAAGGAACGCAAGAAGAGGGCUUCAAAUGAAACGAUGAAGGAGGCCGCAAAGAACAAUGCAACAACGAUGGAAGCGACGGCAAAGCACAAUGCAACAAGGAUGGAAGCGACGGCAAAGCACAAUGGAAGAGUUCAAAAGGCAGGCAAGAAGAAGAAGACAUCAAAUGAUACGAUGGAAGCAGCGGCAAAGAACAAUGCAGCGACGGUGGAAGCUACAACGGGGCCUUGAACUGAUUGCUUCUCCUAUAAGUGUCUUCUCAGCCAAUAGCAUUGAUAUUGUACAAACUGGAGUUUGAAUGUUGACUUUUGUCUUGAGUUGAAUUGCGCGAUCAGAUUAUACCAUUGAAAUGUGUGUUCAUUUGAACUGAAUGACAGAUUGUAACAUGAUUAGAUUGUAAACUGAAAUGUGUGGUUGCAUUCAUCAGUAGUGCCUCAAAUUGCAUUUUGAGUGCUUUUCAAUAGUGCCUUAAAGUAGGCUAUGUGUGGCAAUUUUUAAACAUGCCUCCGUUUGAAUUUGGGGGCACCAUUCAAAACUUGCCACUAAUUAUUUUAGGUGGCAAAAAUCAAAAGUGUCUUGAAA